AUGUCGACCCUGUUGAAAGACGCGAAAUUGUUUCGCAACAAGGGAGGUGCGUUCAGUCCGGCUGACGUCAAAGAGUUGGACGUAGGUUUAUUUUACUGACCAUAGUUGGGAUGUAAUUAAUAGGAAAUACGAGGUGAUAAAUAACCGAACCAACGUUUCAGGGGAAGGAUGUGAUUGCGUUCUAUUUCUCUGCUCAUUGGUGCCGUCCUUGCCGUGACUUUACUCCUCAACUCAAGGAUUUCUACAACGAAGUAAACAAAGGUUCAUCCAAGCUGGAGGUUGUGUUUUUUUCGUUUGAUAACAACGAGGAGAGUUGUCACGAUUACCUAAAAGAGGCUCAUGGAGAUUGGCUCUUUCUCGAAGCCGGAGACCCAAAAAUUGGGUAUGAUGACAAUUUAGAAAUUAAGAUCAUCCGAUUUCAAAAUUUAAAAGACGAUUUCUGAGUCAGUGAAUCAGCCGCCAGUCAGGCGUGCACAUAGGAAAAAAUCGAAUUUGAGUUUUUUGCAUCAAAAUGACUGUUGGCAGGUGCUAAACAACACUGAAAGAAAAAACAUCAUAAAUUUUUGAUGUUUUUCAUCAGUCUAUUAGAUUUUGAUAAAAACAUCAAAAAAAUUUUUUUGAUGUUUCGUUUCAUCAAAAAGAAAAAAAAAUGCGAUAUUUUUUUUGAUGUGGCGCACAUCAAAAAUUUUUGAUGUUUGGAAAAUCAAAUAUUUCUGAUAAUUUAUCAAAAAAUGAUACAAAUAAUGUUAGUAAACGAUUUAUUCAAAUAAACCGUUAGCCACAACAUAAUUUCGGCCGAAUGGCUGUAAUAUUCAAAGAGGUUGACCAUGUAGUCUACUCAAUGAAACGGGCGUUUCUGGCUCUGAUCCCAGACAACGAUUGGAAGACAGGGUCGUUGCGUCGUGGAACAUGUCAUUCACCACGCCAUUACCACCGGGUGUCCGCAUCGCAUGGCCUAAAGAUCAAACUACUACAAUAUAAAUAACUCACAUGUUUGAUGAAUCCCGACUUCUCAAAUAUCGAAAGUAUACUGUUUUCCAUUGAUCAUCAAGCUUCUGGACGGCCCAGGCCUACAAAUACACGAUGUUAAUUUUACCGUCAUCAACCGCAGGCCGUCUUACCGAAAACACCAUUCCAACUCUUCCAUGUUAAUGCUGACGAUGGAGAUUAUCACGGGUUGAUGAUGGUCCUUGACGGAAAAAUCGACAUCCACCUAUAAAUUUACACAAUCAAAAUUUUAAAAUUCUGAAAAUAUUUUGCGAGCUCACCAUGGAUAAGAUACCAGACGAGUAUUCCCUAAACAGUUAUAGAUGUAAUUCUUCUUCUAGUUAGGCGGAGCGCAAGUCCAGGUAAUCCUUCACGUCCGGGCAGACCUUGCGGUAAAGCGGAUAGGUCUUGAUGGUGCCAACUUCCAUUACCCAAUUGAUGAUGUUGCUGUGUGAUGGGGCUUGUUCAUUUUGCGGGAAAACAACACACCCAGAACGGGAUUCGCUCUGAAGUCAAGUGUAAUAUAAAGAAAGGCCUGAAAUUGAAGGAAAUUCGAUAAAAUUUAAAUCCAAAGACCUUGCAAACGAAGUUACAUAACCUUUCAUUUACUGAUCUAAACAUAAAAGGAAACAACAACAAAAUUCGCUUACCUUACCUGACAAUCACGAUCGUUUACAAAAAAUAGCAAAAUUUAUGAAGAGAAAUCCGACCGAUUUCUUGUAUCUUCCUUUUUGGAGUUCAAUUUGCGAAUUGCAAUUUGAUAAACCCAAACAUCAAAAAAAAUUUUUUGAUGAAAAAAGAGUGAAGAUAUAAGAACGCAAGAGCCAUUUUCAAAAAGUACCGUAAAUUUGCUCACUUUUUAGCUCGCAGGCGAUUCUUUCAUUUUGCUCACCGAAACGGCGAGCAAAUUUUUCAAAAUGCUCGCCGCCGCUGAAGCGGCGAGCAAUUUUACAAUUCCGCUCGCCGCGGCGAGCAAUUUUCUAAUUUCGCCUGCCUAGGGAAAGACUUGGCUUUGAGCCAAGUCUUUCCCCUUGGGCGGCUCUUCCUCCCAAAAAUUUCUUUUGUCAAGAUUAAUAUAAAUUUCUUUAUGUUGUAAUCUGCAUACAUCGACAGGACAAUAACUCCAAAAGUAAGUUAAAUAAAGGGUCUUUCUAAAUAUGCCAUGAUUUUUUGCAUUACAUAAGCUUAUCCUGGCGCAUUUAGCCAUUGUUGUAGGUAUACAAAUUUAGCUGAAUGAUGUUCGUUCUUGCGAUUCCAUGAAUGAAAUUUGAGAGUCUUCCACGCAAAAGAACCGGCGUCGGGCCUUUUUCGUGCCAGAAUCGUUUCAGCAUGAAAGGAUUUUUUGUUGCUUCGAUUUUAGAUAUUACAAUAGGUACGUUUUUGAUUUUUUUCUAUUUUAGGUAUGGAACAAUUUUGACGUAUCCAUAGAUGCGUAUUUAUACUUAGCAAACCAUAUUUCAAAGGUAUCUGGUCGAUCUAAAGCAUGUUUAGAACAGUAUGAGAGGUAUUUCGGACUUUUUUUAGAUCCACGUUAUACUUGAUCACUUAGGCCCUAAAACAUCUCAAACCCGGGUUUGAAAGAAUAUUUAUGUUGGGGACGGUUUAGUAAUGGCUCACCUUUGUAGAUGCGGGUUUAAACUUCAAAAACAUUAGAUUUUGCCUGCAACUUGAUAAAAGUACCUAGUAUAAUAUCGAAAAUCGAAUCAAGAAAAAAAUCCUUUCAUGCUGAAACAAUUCUGGCACGAACAAGGCCCGACGCCGGUUCUUUUGCGUGGAAGACUCUAAAAUUUCGUUCAUGGAAUCGCAAGAACGAACAGCAUUCAGCUAAAUUUGUAUACCUACAACAAUGGCUAAAUGCGCCAGGAUAAGCUUAUGUAAUGCAAAAAAUCAUGCCAUAUUUAGAAAGAGGGAUAAUUUAACUUACUUUCGGAGUUAUUGUCCUGUCGAUGCACGUAGAUUACACCAUAAAGAAAUUUAUAUUAAUCUUGACAAAAAAAAAUUUUUGGGAGGAAGAGCCACCCAAGGGGAAAGACUUGGCUCAAAGUCAAGUCUUUCCCUAGGCAGGCGAAAUUAGAAAAUUGCUCGCCGCGGGAGGCGAAAUUAGAAAUUUGCUCGCCGCGAAAGAUUUGCUCGCCGUUUCGGUGAGCGAAAUCAAAGAAUCGCCUGCGAGCCAAGAAGUGAGCAAAUUUAGGGUGCUUUUUGAAAAUGGCUCUUGCGUUCUUAUAUCUUCACUCUUAAAACAUCAAAAUCUCCUGCUUUUGAUGUCGUCGACAUCAUAAAUGCGUGAUGUUUUAUUUUGAUGAAUUUGAAUUUGAUGUUUUUUCUUUCAGUGAAAAGCGAACAAUAUUUUUUCCUAAAACUUUCAACAAGGUACCAUUUUUUACUAUUUACUGUUUUUGAAGUAAUUGGCUACAACUGUCGUAUCUUACCUUGAAAUGCAAUAAUUUUGCGGCCUGCAACGUUUUCGACCCUUGCGAAGACGCUGGAAGAAUUAUUUUUGAUCUAUUCCUACUGUAACAUACCGUAAUACCGUAUCGGCCGUCCACGGCUGACGCACUGACUCAGAAAUCGUCUUUUAAUUAUUUGUUUUAGGGAAAUCGCAUACAAGUUUAAAUUUAUGGGAAUCCCCGCCCUCCUCUUGGUCAACAAAAACGGAGAAAAGGUCGGCGAUGUCCGUGCUGAUGUCACCGUAGGUUGAACUCGUUAUCUUUGACACUGAUUAUUCAAUCUUCAGGAUAUUCCUCCCCUCGUGGCGAUUUCGCAAUGGAUCGAGAAAGUGAAGCAAUGA